GCCUUGGAACUCCAGACCCCGGCACAGCGCCUGGUGCUUGGAGGGCGCUCAGUCCCUUCUGGGAGCGAGCUGGAGUCUGCGCUCGGCCGCCGCGGGGGAGCGGGGGGCUCGCAGCCGCACGCAGCCGGAGGACUGGCAGGUGUGUCGUCUCUGUUGCUGCCAGCCCCUCCCCCAUCCCGUCCUCCGCACAGGGAGAGCUGCAGAGCUGACCGGCCCAGGCAUGCCAGUGCUAUCGGAGGACUCUGGUUUGCACGAAACCCUGGCACUGCUGACGUCUCAGCUCAGACCUGACUCCAACCAGCAGGAGGAGAUGGGCUUCCUGCGGGAUGUGUUCAGCGAGAAGAGCCUGGGGUACUUGAUGAAGAUUCACGAGAAACUUCGCUACUAUGAGAGGCAGAGCCCAACACCAGUCCUGCACAGCGCUGUGGCCCUGGCUGAGGACGUGAUGGAGGAGCUGCAGGCCGCCUCUGUGCACAGCGAUGAGAGGGAGCUGCUGCAGCUGCUGUCCACCCCCCACCUCAGGGCCGUGCUCAUGGUCCAUGACACCGUGGCCCAGAAGAACUUUGACCCCGUCCUGCCGCCUCUGCCCGAGAGCAUGGACGAGGAGUUUGAGGAGGAGUCCGUGAAGAUUGUGCGCCUGGUGAAGAACAAAGAGCCCCUGGGUGCCACCAUCCGGCGGGACGAGCACUCGGGGGCUGUUGUGGUGGCCAGGAUCAUGCGAGGGGGCGCGGCCGACCGGAGCGGCUUGGUGCACGUUGGAGACGAGCUCCGGGAAGUGAACGGGAUCGCCGUCCUGCACAAGAGGCCGGACGAGAUCAGCCAGAUCCUGGCCCAGUCCCAGGGAUCCAUCACCCUCAAAAUCAUCCCGGCCACGCAGGAGGAGGAUCGCUUCAAGGAGAGCAAGGUGUUCAUGCGGGCCCUCUUCCACUACAACCCUCGGGAGGACCGGGCCAUCCCGUGCCAGGAGGCAGGCCUGCCCUUCCAGCGCAGGCAGGUCCUGGAGGUGGUGAGCCAGGACGACCCCACGUGGUGGCAGGCCAAGCGCGUCGGGGACACCAACCUUCGAGCCGGCCUUAUCCCCUCCAAGCAGUUCCAGGAGAGACGACUGAGCUACCGGAGAGCCGCAGGCACCCUGCCGAGCCCCCAGAGCCUCAAGAAGCCUCCCUAUGACCAGCCUUGUGACAAAGAGACCUGCGACUGUGAGGGAUAUCUCAGAGGACACUACGUGGCUGGUCUUCGGAGGAGCUUCCGCCUGGGCUGCCGGGAGAGGCUGGGGGGCUCCCAGGAGGGGAAGACGUCCGUGGGAGCCGAGUCUCUGGAGCUGCUGACCUAUGAGGAGGUGACCAGGUACCAGCAGCAGCCCGGGGAGCGGCCCCGCCUGGUGGUCCUGAUCGGGUCUCUGGGAGCCCGAUUGCAUGAGCUGAAGCAAAAGGUGGUGGCCGAGGACCCACAGCACUUCGGCGUUGCUGUUCCACACACCACACGGCCCCGGGAGAGCCACGAGAAGGAAGGGGUAGAGUAUCACUUUGUCUCGAGGCAAGCGUUCGAAGCCGACAUACAGCACAACAAGUUCCUGGAGCACGGGGAAUACCAAGAUAACCUCUACGGAACCAGCCUGGAGGCCAUUCAGGCUGUUAUGGCCAAAAACAAAGUUUGUUUGGUGGAUGUGGAACCGGAAGCACUGAAGCAAGUGAGGACCUCGGAGUUCAAACCCUAUGUCAUCUUCGUGAAGCCUGCUGUUCGGGAACAAAGGAAGUCACCCCCGGUGUCUCCGGCUGGUGAGGGCACAGCGGACCCCCUCGACGAGCAGCAACAGGAGAUGGCUGCGUCUGCCGCCUUCGUGGACCAGCACUACGGCCACCUGGUGGACGCCGUGCUGCUGAGGGAGGACCUGCAGGCUGCCUGCAGCCAGCUGCGCGGGCUCGUGGAGGCGCUACGCAAGGACGCUCACUGGGUGCCCGUUGGUUGGGUCAGGUAACUUCCUCCCAGGCAUCAGGCGGCUGGAGGGGCCUUGAGGACUGUCCAGCCCGGCCUCGCUCCUCUGCCCCGCCCCCAUGCUGUCAUGGAGAAGCCCAGAAGUGGGAGAUCCUGUUGGAUCCUGGGUUUUGUCGGCCGUCUCCCGUUGGCGCCCUUUGAGUCCAUGAGUUGACGGGGACACAUCACCUUUCCUUCGUCGAAGCGUCGCAGGCCAGAGGCCCUGAUUCUUUGUACCAAAGUUAAGCAGCCUCUGCGUUUUGGGGUGGCAGCGGCGCGGCCGCCGUUGAGCCCAGGGAUGCUUCCUUUUUCUAGCUUUAUCGGAAACGAAAUGGUUUGAGCCGAGGGGCCGUGCAGCUGGCGCGGCUGCGUGUCCAAGCACUCGGAACCUUUUCUGGAUGAGUACUUGCCUGGAAACAGACGGCGUGGUUCUCUGCCUUUUUAAACAGUGGGAGGACGUGGACUUCUUCUGGGUGACAGAGGCACACCUCACCGUCCCCGCGAAGGCCUGGCCCGCCCCGCGUCGUGGCUGUGCCUUCGGGGACGCUGGGGGGCUCCGGCUGCUGGUCCCCCGUCUAAACACCCUUGGACUUCUAAAGUGAAGCCCUGGCUUUGUUUGUUCUGUUCCAUCAGUUGUCCCCCUUGCUGUUGACAAUGGCCUUGGUUCUAGCCCGUCCCCACCUGAGAUUCCUGGCGCUCCUGUUGUGCUAGGUCGUGGGAAACCAGGCGACUCCUUGCCAAAACUGUAGGUCCUGAUGUCAUUUCCAUCAAAAUAAAAAUCUGUAGA